AUGAGCAGAAUGCCUCGCCCAAUGGGCCAUAUGCCGGACAUGACAGUUGCCAUCGGGUAUCUCAAAGCCGGAAUUGAAGACGCUAUUGCCGAAGAUGCAUUGGCCAGAGUCUCCAGUCAAGACGUCGGUCAAAUACAUGCAUUGUUCACACGCUCAGAGAUCUCGCCGCCUGUUUGCAGUGCCAUGAUAUCCCAGCUGGGAAAUGCGUGCGGUGCUCUCGGUCCGGCUUUUGCGAGCUUGACACAGAAGGGCGUUGAGUUGAUGCAAAAGUAUUCGGGUCUCGGUUUUGGACAGCAGAUACUCUGGAUCCGGGCCGAUCUUCGCAUACGAGAGACCAUGUACGCCCAGGAUGAUCGCGUUGUACGGGCCACGAAUGCUUUCAACAACGUGAACAACGACGCUGMCUUCCAAGCCAUCGUUCAUCGCAUGCAGAUAAACUACAGCCAGAUCCAGUACCUGAAGCUCGUCGAAUCAGAGCUUACAGUCUUGCUGCAACCGCAACUGCCAGCCAGUGCAGCGCAAGUGCCUGCUCGGCCAGCUUUACGCGCCGUCUCCGUCGCAAAUGCAGCCUCUGAGCAGAUCGAAUCAUUCAAUCGGCACGUCAAUGAGCUUAGGUCCAUAAGCUUAAUGGAUAGUCGAAGAACAGACGUGCCGACACAAACCCCCGCAUCGCAGGUUCCCAAAACAACACAGCUCCCGGCUGCAAUGCCUGCAAGAUUGCACUCGUCGCCUCGAGCACCGCUGCAGUCAGUCCCUGCAAAUGAAGCCAUUCGAAAUGAGCCGCAACACCCCAAACGAAAGCGAGUAAGCCCAAAGCGGAUCGUAAACCCCGAGAUUGUGCCAUCAGAUGGCGAUGCUUCCGAAGACGAACAGGAGCUACAAGGGCAACUCGAGGCUUUACAAUCGAAGAUUGCUGCCAUCCGUGCCCGCACCGCUCACGAAGAUGACAUUGUGCCUCUUAAGAAGGUAAAAAUGAAUCUCAAGAACGCCCCUCAUGUCACUGCGAAGCCAAACAUCAAUACGCCCACCCGGGACAUGAAAGGGCCGCCUCCUACCUUUGCCGUCUCACUGGCUGAGGAUCCGUUCAAGCCUCCACGAAGCUCCCAAGAUGUUCGAAAUCUACCGCCGAGAGCCACUUUGCCAAUAAUGAAGAGUGAAAAUGGAUCUCACGCCAUCCGGAAACUCGCUCCCACGCCGACGUUGUCAACUGCCGCACCGAUGUCAACAUGCGGUGUUGUGGACUUGACCUCGAGUCCCCCGAUCCAGCAGGUGCAGAUGCCAGCGUCUGUGCCUACAAGCGUCGAGCCAGUUCUGUGCGCAGAGCAGCAAAAAGUUGUAGACCUCAUCCUGGCCGGCAAGAAUGUAUUCUACACGGGCUCCGCUGGCUGCGGAAAGUCGACGGUCCUGAAAUCAUUUGUUCCCAAGCUCCGCGACCUUGGAAAGUGCGUGAGGAUUGUUGCACCCACUGGCAAGGCAGCGCUCGAUAUUAAUGGAUCAACCACAUGGACAUAUGCUGGCUGGACACCCUCGCAUAUGAAGCAGCCGCUGAGUGAUCUCAUCAAAGCAGCACAUGGGAGAUUCGUUCGACGUCGGUUCAACGACACAGAUGUCCUAGUUAUUGACGAGAUUAGCAUGGUUGAAAAUCAUCUGCUUCGACGCCUAGACGCYGUCAUGAAGGAGGCCCGCGGCAGUACCAAGGCCUUCGGUGGAGUGCAAUUGGUCGUCACGGGGGAUUUUUGCCAGCUUCCUCCUGUCAAACCAUUCCAAUUCUGCAUACACUGUGGCAAAGAGCAGACACAGCGCGUCGUGGCCGGAAAGGUUGUUUAUCGAUGUCCGCAGCACGGCGACAGCAGAGACGAAGAUAAGUGGGCGUUCCGGUCCCCGGUCUGGAAGGAAUGCAACUUCCAACACAUCAAUCUUUCGAAGAUUCAUCGCCAGAAAGAUGAGGUCUUUAUCAAAAUCUUACAAAAGCUGAGAUUGGGGACGUUCUUGUCGCACGAAGACCGUACCCUUUUGUUGAAUCAUCCGUGCGAUGUGACUAAUGCCGUGAAGCUGUUCCCGCGGAGGGCGGAGGUCAAACGUAUCAAUGAUACCGAGUUCGAUCGACUUACGACCCCAAAACACGGCUUUACCUGCCUCGACUUCUUUGCUUGGAACGAGGUCCAUAGGAAUUUACAGUCCAAGGGAAUCCGCAACAGCUUUGACGAUUCGCUCGAGGCGCUUCGCGAACACCGAUUGGAGAACCGCGUAGAAUACAAAAUCGGAAUGCUAGUAGUGCUUCUCGUAAAUCUCGACAUCACUGCCGGCCUGGUCAACGGGAGUCAGGGUCGGAUCGUUGGGUUCGAACCAUACGAUCCAUCGAAGCUUCCGAAAGCUACGGUCUUUGAAGGCAGCAAAACUGUGUCCUCCCAGCGAAAGCCAGGACGCUCAAGCUCCGGACGCUUCGCAUCCAGCCAGAGACGGGGCAGAGAUAGCUCGAUGGAGCCCGAACCUAUCGUAAUGGGCGAGCUGCGAGGGGAGCAUGCACUUCUUAGAGAAGGUCAGAUACGCCAUUUUCUAGAACGACCGUGCAAUCCCUCCAAGCACUGGCCCAUUGUCGAGUUCGACAACGGUAUUACGAGAACGAUCUUCGCGGACUGCCAAGUGAACGAACUUGGAGACGAGAAACCGUACACCUUGCUUGCGAGGACUCAAAUCCCUCUGACCGCGGCGUGGGCAAUGACUAUCCAUAAGUCGCAAGGAAUGACAAUAAACAAAGUGAUUGUAGACCUUGGYAGCAGCUUUGAGGAGGGCCAAGAGUAUGUUGCACUGUCGAGAGCCAGACGUUUGGACGGCUUGAAGGUUGUCAGCUUGGGGGCUGGUGUUGGCAAAGGGGGAAACGAGCAGGUUCGGCAAUUCAUUUGGGACAAGUUCAAGAUAGGAUGA